GAAAGAGACAGUUGCUGAGAGACGGUUGAGGAGAGAGCAGCAAUUGAGAGAUAAAGCGUUAUGGAGAAUUUGAUUAAAAAGCGAAAGAGAUUAGCUAUCCCUGAGAGCCAGGAGGGAAGCCAUUAUGACUCUCGGUGCUACAAAAUCACCAAAUAUGAGAGCAACCGGCAAGGGACCUGCAGCAGUGCAGUUGUACUGGAUCCAUGGAGCACCUUUGGAAACCUGAUGCCAGAUACGCUGCAGAACUUCAUGGAUUAUGGAGAAACAUGCUACAUGUUCAAUAAGAGCCUGGAAGAGGAUUUCGCACCUAACAACUUUUUAGGGAAUCACAGCAACAUCGAUGAAACAUCUUGGAGGGAAGUCAUCACCACCAUGAUUGCUGCACACAGGGCCUUUAGACUGGACUUUGAGACCCUGUGUCUCGCUGUCAACUACCUGGAAAGGUUUCUGGCCUGCACUCCCCUAAAAGCUGCCAGCCUGAAGGUCAUAGGUGCCACUUGUCUUUAUUUGGCCUGCAAGGUAAUGGAAAAGAGUUUCCCUAAAACAGACAUGUUUCUAUUGCUGUUCUGUGAAGAUGGAUUCACAGCUCCCUUAAUGUACUAUUUAGAAAAAUUGGUAUUAAGGAGGUUGUGUUUCCGUCUAAGGGCUCCCACCAUCGAGUAUUUCCUGGAACACUUUUCCCUUAGAAGAGUGUCCUACAAGGAAUGUCCAGCUGCCAAAAUCAACAGAGCAGCCAAUGCCUUCACUGCUGCUAGAGGCAUUGCAGCACUGAGCAUGACAAGGUAUGGAUUCCAUUCCUACCCACCAUCUCUCCUAGCUCAGUGCUGCCUUAGAGUUGCAGACCAAAUAUUGCAAUAUGACACCUGGAAUAGAGUGCACCCUAGAGACUGUUCAGGUCCCUUGUGGCAGGAGUGCAUGAGUAAAAUCACCCACCUGGUAUCCUCCAACAACAUCUUAUUGUGCAAGUUUAUGCCAGGUGUGUUUCCAGAAACCUUUCCAGACUUGGUUCCACCACCAACCAAGAAUGGCAGCAAAGCAAACACAUAAGAAAGAGGCUCUUCCCAAAAGUCAUCAGGAGAUCAGUGGCAGUAACAUGGAGAGGAAGCAGCUCAUGGUGAUUGGAGGAGGUGGCGGCUUUGAGAUCUGGUCAUGCUCAGGAUGUAGCAGAUAUUUGUCAGGAGAUCAGCCAGCAAGAUCAACAGAGGAAGAACAGCACCCAGUGAACAGCAUCUUCCCAAUGUACCAUCUACAGAGCACCCAGGACUGCUGUGACUGAAUUAUAACCUGACAGACUUCUUUUCUCCCAGUACAGGUAGAUUUACCAUCAGAUGGCAUAUAUACAUGGGCCUUACAGCCGCUAGGAGGCCUCUGUAUUCCUCUCCCGUCCAUCUGUCGGGCUGCAGGUGCGGGGGUCUGCAGGCCACCGAGGAGGCAAAUGGAACGGAGAGGAAUGCAGAGGACACCAAGCGGCUGGAAAGCUCAUGUGCAUGCAGCCAUAUUCUUGUCCAGCAAGAUCAGGGGCAUUGAUCCUGGGAGCAAAUCCGAUCGCCGUUAAGGGAUCAGGAAGGAAUUUUUCCCUCUAAUGAGGCAGAUUUGCCAAUGCUUUUUAGAGGUUUUUGCCUUCCUCAGGAUCAAAGGGCUCUCUACCCAGUUGCGGCUCUCAGGGAAAGGGCAUAGUGGCCCCUCUCCCAUCCUAAACUCUGCCUUUGUGCAGCCCCUCCAUCAGGAGUUUAUCUUGAAGCCGCAGGUGGGAGGGAACCCAUUAAAAGACCUCAAUUUCCAUCUCAUUGAUCUUAUUAAUAAAUCUGCGAUUUCACAGGUUAAGUCCAAA